UACGUCACCUCCCCUGUAUGGUUUCCCCCCCUCCCAAUUGCUAAUGUCUGUCCAAUCAGUGACUUCCUCCCCGCGCCCCCAACGAAUGGACUUUCUCUGACUUCCGCCGCUUCCAGAACCUUCACUCUGCCCCUCCUUGGCAGGUGCCCUUUUGCUUCACUGAUUCCGUAGCCGCCCUGACAGACUUCGUUCCCUUCUGCCUGUUCUCCGGGGCGGUAUCUUCCUUAUUCCUUCACGGACCCUCUUCUCUCCACCACCGGAAGAGGCAGUGAGGACUCAGCUGGCGGGCAGACAACCGCCGUCCCAGUCGCCUCCACCUUGAGACGCAGCUGUCUUGUCUGCGCUGAGGAAACGACACCACUGCCCUCGUGCCCACCAUCUCCGCGGCCAACCCACUGUCACCAUGUCCAACCCUCCUGCCCCCAGCGAGCAACCCAGCCACAGCAGCGGUGCUAGUGCCCCUAGCAUGAGACGCAUCAUGGAGCCACAGCAAGUGGGUGUCAGGAUGGGCAGUGGGGCCCCUCCGGAAUGGGCCCAGCUGGGCCGCAGGAGCAGGGCCUCCACAAGCCAGGACCAGAUGGGAGCCUGGAGGUGGUCAUCGCCUACGUUCCGACCCCAAGAGCAGAUGGAGCCCACUGGUUGUCGCUCGGUGGUGCACUGUCUUCAGCACCGCUCCAUCGGCAAACCGGGCCGCCACACUCUCCAGGCCAUUGGGGACCAGUUGCAGAGAAGUGCAGUAACGAGGCUGCCAGAGCUGCUGACCGAACGCCAGCUCGACCUGGGCAGCUUGGACAAGGUGUUAGCAUCACAGUGGGUGAAUGACAGGCAGGUGGUGUGUGGCACCAAGUGCAACACGCUGUUUGUGCUGGACGUGCACACGGGCCACAUCACACCGGUCUCACUGAUGCAGGAUAGGAGGCCUAGAUGGGCCUACGCACACUCUGCAUCUGGCAUCCGUGCCAUCGAGCUGAAUCCCUCCAAGACACUGAUGGCCACUGGGGGUGAAAACCCCAACAGUCUCGCGGUCUACCAGCUGCCCUCCCUAGACCCUGUGUGCCUGGGCGAUACUCGUAGCUUCAAAGACUGGAUCACCUCGAUCGCGUGGAUCAGUGACAAUGUGGUGGUGAGUGCCUCCUGGGAUGGGACCUUGGUGCUAUGGGAAGUGCAUUCUGACAUGUUCGUGGGCAACACUGUCGGGGAAAAUAUGCAGGGGAUUCCAGUGUAUGCCCACAUGCGUCCCAGAGACAGAGUGAUCAUCCCUGGAUCCAGUAUCCGUUAUGGCACCUCCAAAGUACAAGCCCUGGCCUUCAGUGGCAAGGGGCAUGAAUUCGGAGCAGUGUCCUUGGAUGGCUACUUUCACCUGUGGAGAGCGCAUAGAACCCUGUCCAGGCUGCACUGUUUUACCCUGCCCUUUGCCCAACAAAAUAUGUGCAUGACCUACUGCGAUGACUUUUCCUUCUAUGCAGUGGGCACAGAGUCUCAUUUCUGUUUAAUGGAUCCUCGCCAAAGUCAACUGAAUGCUGCGGUUGGACCCCUGUGUCACAUAGAGAGUGGCAUUAGUGUGCGCUCGAUAAGCUCCUACAAGCAUAUUAUUACCAUGGGCACAGACCAGGGCUGCCUGUUCUUCUUUGACAUCCGUGCUCAGAAGUUCUUGGUGGAGAGGUCUGUCACCAGCCUGGACUCCUUUCCUGAGCCCUCAGGCAGGAAGCUCAGACUCACCUGUAGCAAAGGCCGUCUGAAUCCAGAUGACCUCUGGAGAUAUGAAUUCUAUGGCAUCGAAGAGAUGCCUUAUUCGCUCUACACGCACUGCUACAACUGGCCCGAGAUGAAGCUCUUCGUAGGCGGAGGGCCUCUCACUUCUGAAUUGCGUGGGCACUAUGCGGGCAUCUGGAGCUAAGGACCGCUGCCUCCUUCUUUUAGGUUGAACAGACUCAACUUUACCUGGGUGCUUCUGAGAGAUGGAGAUGUUUGGUCCAUUGAAAAUUGAAUUUCAAUCUUUAAUUCUCCUUCAUAACACCAUUGGUAUCAAUUUUCAUGGAAAUAAUUUAGGGUUCUUUGUUGUUGUGGUUUUUGCUACUGGCACUCGUACUCAGGACCUUGCACUUGGGAGGCAGGAGUG